CCUACCUACCUACCUACCCGGGUACCUACAUUAUUGCCUCAAUACUAGGUACAUUAUCUUAUUUUAUUUCAAUAAGUUAUCCCUUACGCAACUUUGUUCAACAAUACUCUUCCAUCGUAACAUAAUAAAUACUAGUCAGGGCUGUUCUCUCUUUUUCUUUCAAGGACAGGAUAUCAAGACAUUCAAUUCAAUAAUUCAGUAACAAACCCCGCUACUACUUUUUGAUAGACGCUACACUUUAUGAUCAUCAACUUCCCCGUGCUUCACAGUUCACUCUCUGGCCCGGGAUUCGUUAAUAACUGGCCUGUGCCUAGCUGUGCCUAGCUAAGUAAUAACGUUACAUAGCAAUAACUCAUCAAACCCUUGCGUUAACUUGCGUUAACUUACAAGCAUUGACCCCUGAGCCCUGCGACCCCAGCUGCCUCACUUUUGGUUCCCGUAUAUUACUGGUCAAUUGUAUCCAAUCCAAGUUCAGGAAAAAUGGCUCCUAUCCCAUCUCGAAUUCCAUCUCGAUUAUUCCCUUCUGAGAUCUUUAGCGAUACAAGUUCUUGCUCUUGCGAAGACGAUAGUAUUUCUCACGAUAACUUGAAUAAUCUCGAUUCAGUCUCCUCUACACUUCGUAGCCUUUCUAUUCCUCAACUACUCAAUCGUCAAUCAACAGAUCAACCCACUAGAUGCACCGAAGAUUCCUUGACUACUCGUCUAGAUUCAUUGACUGCUCGUCUGAGUAACCUCUGCAUAGACAACACUACACCUCGUGGAUCCAACUCGAAUGAUAACCCCAAAAACCAGACUCGACGCCGCUUGACAAGACCAGCAAUCACGCCCAGCACCUUCGAAACACUUGAAACCGUUCUCGAGGACGAGAUACAAUGCGCUUCUAAACUUGCACCAAAGAUCGUUUCGAACGAAAUCGAGGUACAAGGUGUCUUCCAACUUCCAACCCCAGGAGAGAAAUUCGCAGAUCACCCUUUAGUUGCAAUCGCCCGUAAAGGUGUAGGCUCAGCUCAAGAGCAGCUCGCAAAGCACCGUAGCGGUUGGUUUGAAGGCAUACUUUCUACUAAGGUGCCCAUUGAGUCCCCCACUUCGGAGUCCAACGUCGCUUCAGAGUUCACGGACCUGCAUUGUGGCUUCAACCUCUUGCCCAUUCAAGAUAGCGCCGAGUCUCAAAAUCCGGAUAAGGCUCCCAACCCGAUCAGUUUCACAAUCUUAUUAACACCUUUAGCUCCGGGCGAAGAGUUGUUAGUAGAUACCGAAGAGGAUACAGACGAAGAAAAUAUGGCUCUUGCAGAACCAGCGAAGGGACUAGAGGUGUCAUCAGCAGCAUCUGCUCAGCCUACCUCAACACCGGUUAGUCCAGCGAGCGAAAGGGGAAUGCAUCUAAAGUUAGAUACUACUCCCUCGAGACAAUCUGCAAAACCUAUCGCUAGAAUCGAAGAUUCCGUUCAAGCGCUUGAUGAACUUGAAGACCAGCUAGAAGCUUUUGACGAGGCCGCUCUUUUCAGAAGAAUUAUUUCCCCCGAUGCCGGUGAUGUAAGAAGCAAAUCGAUAACCCAUUCAUUAUCUGUGGCGACCGCUGGAGUUAAGCGAGCUACGACGCCACAGCCAAAGCGAAGCACUCCAUCUAGGGCCGAUUCUGCUUUUCUAAGUAUCCAGUCAUCCAGUGAGCCACGUCGUACUAUACGUAAAUCAGCGUCUAUGAUCUUCCUCGACCCUCCAAAGCUAGGGACCGAGGGCAAGCUCGUAAAUCAGGGGCCAGCAAGAAAGCUCCCCAGCAAGGGUAUAGCAAGUCUAAAUCCGCCAAAGCAGCAACCCAAAUCAGUCAAAAAACUGACUGUUCCGACUUUUGAACUGCCUGGGGAUGAGGUCGCUCGGAAACUGAAAGAGAAGCGCGAGGCACGUGUCUCGACGCAGAUCGCCGCCGAACAAGCGAUAAAGCCGACUGUAUCAAGCCUCCGACGCGCCAAGUCAGCAAGACCCCCAACACGACCGAAUUUCGAGUUACCGGGCGAGGCUAUCUCCCGUCGUAAGCGCGAGGAACGUGAAGCGCAGCUGAAGGCUCAAGAGGAAGAAGAGAAGAAGAGGCGAGAGUUUAAGGCAAGGCCUAUUCGUUCUAGUGCGCUGCCUAGUACUUUCCCUCGUGAGACGAUCGCGAGUCGAGCACGGCAGAACAAAAAGCAGUUGGUAGAGAACUCGCUUUAUCAGGCCCCGCUAAGCCCAAACAAACCUCCAUCUACCGCUUCUUCUACCAACUCAGCAUCACGCUCCCCUUUGUCGAAGGCCAACAACCAAUCUCAACCACGUGGUCGCGGACUCCACCCUGAGCCCUUUGGAAUGCAAUCGAGUAGAGCUACCUCGAGCUCAACAGUGGGGAGCAUGAGCGGCCAGCGAAGCCCGGUGUCGACGGAAGAAGUACAACAACAGCGACUCCGCGGCCAGGAGAUAUACAAGCGAGACAAUUCGUGGAGUGGCGACCGUGAACGUGAGAAACGUGAGCGUGAAGCCCUGGCUAAGCUCGCAAGAGAAGAGGCUGCCGAACGAUCCCGGCAGAGGGGUCGUGAGUGGGCGGCUAAGCAAGCAAAGAAGAGAAUGACGGUUGCCUCGUAUCAUGAUAUCAUGGCGUAAUCACUUGCUCGCUCACUCGCGAGGGUAGGAAACCUCGUCAUUUAAGCUAUGAUUGUGCUUCGGGUUGGGUUGGAGUUGUCAGUGUGGUGGCUGGCGUUGUAUUAUUCUAUGCAUUUGCAUAGGUACUAUAUUUUGUAUUGGGGUGGUGAACAGGGUAGCGCCGAGUCUGGCGUUUUACAGGAAAAGGUCUAUAUACCCUUUGUGUCAUGGGUGCUACGCAUCAUCCCCUUCUCCCCCUUUUUCUUGCUUCUGUCUUUUCUUGUUUCUUGCUUUUUGUUUUUUGUUUUUUGUUUUUGUUUUGUUUUUUUAUGUUGUUUUACGGAUUCAUUUUCCAUUCGAUAGGGCAUUACCCGGGCACUUACUACUUACCAAACAUAGUCGUCUUUCUUGUUUUUCUUCUUGACUUUGCAAUUGGGCCCUCAUUCUGUUAGUUGUUGGUUUGUUUGUAUUAUUCGUUGUACAACACGAUAACUUCGAUAACUAGGUACUCUUAUAGUAUUGAUUCAAGGGGAAUAUAACCCCUUUUUUGCUAAAAAAAAAAAAGGGAAAUAUUAGAAAUGAAGUCUAUCAAAAUAAUAUUUGGAUAGAGAUUGGUGAAAUGAUGAGAUUUAUUAUAGGG